GCGACGGCCACGGCGACGGCGACGGUGACGGUGACUACGACGAUUACGACGAGAGAGAGAUAAGACAGGAGACGAAACAGCAGGAACGGCAGAAGAAAAAAGAAAAAAGAGGCGACGAAGAAGAAGAAGGAGGAGGAGAAGGAGGAGGACGUAUCGUCGCCGUGCGACAGCAUAGCAAGAGCAAGAGCAAGCCGACGAGACCGGGCGCCGCGCCGCGUCGCGCCGCGCCGCGCGCUCUCGCACGUUGCCGUGCCGCGCUUUACUAUAUCGCGCCACACGCGCGUCGUGAUCCGCGUACGCGCGCGUGAAACCUACACGCGCACGAUAUUACAUAUUUAUAUGCAUACACGGUGACCCGCGCGCGGAGAUAAUACAGUGUAAAUGGCGCUCUCGGCGCAGAACCAGUCGACGUCGUACGUGAACUUGUAUUACUCGAUCGUCCAACGUGCGGCGACGCGCUACUUUAAGGAAUAUUACAACUCCGAUACUGGCGCGCCCUACGUAUUGUACAAAGAUAACAUGGAGAGACCCCAGGGUCAGUGGGGCCCGGGGCCGGGAUCUCUCCAGGACGGUGGACUGUACCCGCAGCAGCAGCAACAACAGCAGCAGCAGCAACAGGGUUCCUCCUCGUCGGGAAGUCCACAGCAGGCCUGUGGACCUCCGGUCGAAGGCGGCGAAAGUGGUCCUCCGCCCUCGUUAGCCUCGCCCGUGCCCUCACCAUAUCCUUCGGCGCCUCCCGAGCCUCAAUCCUUGACUCCGCCGGACGAUGAUAUACAAUCGAGUCAAGCCACGUCUCAACAGCAGCAGCAACAGCAGCAGCAACAAACGCAGCAGCAGGUCCAGCAGCAGCAGCAGCAGCAACAGCAGCAACAACAAACGCAACAGCAAGAUCAUUCGCCGCAACAACAAUUGACUCCUCACGCAGAGGUGGAUCGCAGCGACUGCUUUCCCGGCGCCGGAGAGCUGCAGCAAUAUCCGCAGCAUUAUUUUAAAGAAGCCCGGCCGCAUCCCUCACCGUCCGUGCCACCGCAUAUGCUUACGCCCGGUGGCUUCUCCGCGCUACACUAUCUCAAGCAACCCGGAGUAAUGCUGACGUCUCUCGGCCAAGGCGACGGCGGACCUGGUCUGGACGCGCAUCAGUACGCGAGUCCGGGCGCGCCGAACAUGGCGACCGGGCUGCCUGACAUCGUGCAGCAGAGCGGUAAAUCGUCCAAGGCCGGUAACAGCGAUCUACGUCUGUUCAAGUGCUUGACCUGCGGCAAAGAUUUUAAGCAGAAAUCGACUCUGCUGCAGCACGAGCGGAUCCACACAGACAGCCGGCCGUACGGAUGUCCGGAGUGCGGCAAGCGGUUCCGUCAGCAAUCCCAUCUCACGCAGCAUCUGCGCAUACAUGCUAACGAGAAGCCGUACGCUUGCGUAUACUGCGAGCGUACGUUCCGGCAGCGUGCCAUCCUCAACCAGCAUCUGCGCAUCCACUCGGGUGAGAAGCCAUACCAAUGUCCGGAGUGCGGAAAACACUUCCGUCAGAAGGCGAUCCUGAAUCAGCACGUCCGCACACACCAAGACGUGAGUCCACAUCUAAUCUUCAAGAACGGAAUGACGCCGACUCUUUGGCCGCAGGACGUUCCCUUUCCGCCUGAAGAGGGUAAGGAGGAAGUGGCAUCGACAUUCGGCGACACGGACACGCAGUCGGGCGCGUUCAGUCCGGCGCCGGACGCGAACUCCAUCCAGUACCCAGCAUACUUCAAAGAUCCAAAGGGCGGCAAUCACGCGGUCUUUGGCGCAGGUGGCUCGGGCAGCUUUGGUGCCUUGCAGUACAUCAAGCAGGGUGGCACGAAAAGCUGUCUACCCGACGUGAUACAGCAUGGCCGCUCGGCCGGCAUGCCGUUGUAUGUGCGUUGUCCGAUUUGUCAAAAAGAGUUCAAGCAAAAGUCCACGUUACUGCAACACGGGUGUAUACACAUCGAGUCGCGGCCAUAUCCUUGUCCGGAAUGCGGCAAGCGAUUCCGGCAACAGUCCCAUCUCACGCAGCAUCUGCGCAUUCACACGAACGAGAAGCCGUAUGGCUGUGUGUAUUGUGGACGUAAUUUCCGCCAACGCACGAUUCUCAAUCAGCAUCUGCGUAUCCAUACCGGUGAGAAACCUUACAAGUGCCAGCAAUGUGGCAAGGACUUCCGUCAAAAAGCGAUCCUGGACCAGCAUACGCGCACUCACCAGGGCGAUCGGCCAUUCUGUUGUCCGAUGCCCAACUGCAGGCGGCGGUUCGCCACCGAGCCCGAGGUGAAGAAACACAUCGACAACCACAUGAAUCCGCAUGCGGCCAAAGUGCGCCGGAAUUCGAGCGGUGACACGAAACCACCUGGCACACCUGCGGGCUUGGGUCCGGUACCCGUGCCUCGCGGCCUCACGCCGACGGUCGUCAAGCCGGAGCUUUACUUCCCGCAGUGUUACGCGCCCGCGUUCAAUCAUCAGCCGCCAGUCUCCACCGCGCAGUUCCCCGGCGCCCAGGCGAACGGCGUCUCCGUGACCGGCGAAUUCAAGCCACCGACCGGUCUGCCGCCACAGUGACUAACCGUCCAUCCUGCCGCCUACUAGCAAGCAGGAAUCCCCGCGCUGAGGUUUCAGCGCUGUUUCGGUCCCGCCGCGUUGGAGGCCGACGCAACGUCAAACGCCAUCGCCGCCGCCGCCGCCGCCGCCUCUCGAUGCGGCCAGCAGCCGAUCCAGCAACACUACCCGUGACAUUUAUCAUUGUGCAUUUACUAGAGUCUUCUUUAUUUUCGUCGUUUCACAACUCGCUCGCUCUUCUUGUUCCAUCGCUGCUCAGCAGAACCUCAGAACACGUCGCCCAGCUAGUCUUGAGCUCGACGGUGAGAACGGUUUCGUCGUGCAAAUCGCCAUUACGCGAUUAUCCGAGGAACAUUGCGAAAAUGUGUAUUAUCCGGUCGCUACGUCUCUGGUUGAUUGUCGGAUAAAAUUAUCUCCGAGAGAAAACCGCUUUUCUGUCUGAAUCGUAGCGCACCGGCUAUGAUAUAAACAGAGAGAGAGAUAUAAAUUUCGGGGAUAUAAAUUCGGAUACUUGUUUUUGAAACGUCUUGGAUUUUUGCGUUGUUUGAAAAGCAAGGAAGAUACGCGGACUGGGUCACUCCUCUGUGACAUAUUCAUCGAAUAUGCCGUUACAUGUAUCGCGAAAAGACGACAAUCCUAGUUAGGAUUAUCGCUAUCGUUACACGGGUCGCAACCGAGUAACAAACGAUAAUGCGAUUAUAGUUGCUCAGGUAUCAAACGGUGUCUCGCGACACUCAUAGUAAGUUCGUGAUAUACAUUUUCUUCUUUAUGUACGUGAUCGCGAUUAAAUGUUUGUUACUUCUU